AUGCCUAUCAGUGGUACGCCCGAUGUGAAUGCAUUAUCCACUUUACUUAAUGCUGCAGUCACAACUUCAGUACCAAUUCACGCACCACCGGUAUCUGUUGCACCUGUUCCUGUUACCACGCCAUCCAUUCAAUCCCAUAAUUCUCUUGUGUCAGAUCCAAAUACUCUAGUUAAGAACUUAAUGGAAUUUGGGUUACUCGGAAACAAUAACAUCAUCAGUAAUUUAGCGGGAACCAUUGGAAAUGCUAACAUGGGUGGAUUCAAUUUUGGUGGGAAUACACCCACACCACCCCAAUCAGGUUCUGUAGCUGGCGAUAUUCCAACUACUAUAUUGCACGUAAAUGAUAUAGAGAAAAUUCUGCUAACGAGCAAUGAUAUCCAGAGAAAACGGGAUGGAGCUAUUGCAAUUCUCUAUGAUGCGUUUCCUCUACAAUGUAAACAAUGUGGAUUUCGGUAUGCCAGAAAUGAUGAUGGUAAAGCGAAAAUGGAUUCUCACUUAGAUUGGCAUUUUCGUCAGAACCGUCGAAUGAAAGAGAAAGCCAAGAAGACACAGAGCCGCAGUUGGUUUGUCAGCGAAGAGGUUGUUCACACAUUUCAACUACUUUCUUAG